UCAUCAUCGCCGUGGCGGCCCUUCCGCUCAAACAGCGGAUAUACUGUACGCACAGUGAUCGGAUAAGCUCUCCUAUCUCUAUCUCUGACGACGGGGGAGACGGAGAAAUCAGAGCAGGCAAUGGAGUCUACCCUAAUCACGAGAUUAUACCCCCUUCUCCCCGCUCCCCCCAAGGCCAGGCCCCUCUCCUCAUCGCCCCUCGCCGGAGCUCGCCGCAUCGCCUCCAUUUCCUUCUCUUCCGUCAGCAUGUGUGGCGUCUUGCGUCCCAGCGGCGGCGUUACCUCGUCGGUCACCGCCGCAGCAGCGGCGCUCGGCGAGGCGGCAGAGCCCGGGUCUGAGGCCAUCUUGCUCAGUGUUCAGGGCAUGAUGUGCGACGGGUGCGCUGCCAGUGUGAAGCGGAUUCUCGAGAGUCAGCCUGAGGUUACUUCUGCUACAGUUGAUUAUAAGGAAGCAAGGGCUGUCGUGUGGACAACUCCUGAGGUCAAGGUGGCAGAAGAUUGGCAGAAACAAUGUGGAGAGAAACUUGCAAGUCAUCUUGGUACUUGUGGAUUUGAGUCUCGCCCACAAGGAAUGGACUGCCUCUAAAUAUAGGCUGUAUACACAUCAACCAGGACCAAACUCGCUAUGGAAUGUCCUUGAGCAUGUUCAUAUCAACAUUGUUAAUGCACCAUUAUAUCUCCAGCUUUCUGAAAUCACAGUUAUCCACUGAACUAAAAUUUAGUUUCUAUCACAGGGUAAGGUGAAGCCCGAUAAAGUCAACUCUGAGUCUUAACUGCUGCCGCAGAUGAGCUAUAAGCCCAUGAUGUUAACCAGCAGAGGGCACCUGAUGCUCCAGAUUUGUGUGACUCAGUGUGAGUGUCUCUGUGAAAGUUGUCCUCUAGAGUUCUGGAAGUGCAGAUUAUUAUGUUCAUGUUCUUAUCUCUAGUGUGUAAGCAAUGUAGCUUGCCUUGCUCGUGAACUUCAACUGGAACAUUCCAUCAAACAAAUUGCAAGGGUCAUUACUACUCCCUCCAUUCACAAAUAUAAGAUGUUUUUUACAUUUUUCUGAAUCUGAUGUAUAUUAGACAGUUUUGGUGUGUUUGCUCAUUAAUUUCAGUCCGUAUGGUAUGUAGUCCAUAUUGUAAUAUCAAAAACAGCUUACAUUGUGAACAGAGGGAGUAUAAACCAAGCAGUUUGACGAA